AAAAGCUAAUCGAACGAUGAAAAAAGAAGCAUCGAGAAUUCUCCCCUUCGGCUUUCGCUCUUCUUCCGAUUCUCAAAUUUCAUUCUCUUCUUCGAUCUCUUUGAUCACCAAACGCUAUGUCUGGGAUUUCGAAGAACUCUGAGAAAGAUCGCUCCUUGGAAUUUCGUGGUUUUCUCAAUGAUCACUUGUCCAAGGGGAAAGUCCAGAAAUCUAAAAGCCAAGCUCAGGGAUGGCAAUAAAUCGAACACUGGAGAGCCUGAUCAAAAUAGAGGACCCCCAAGAAAGGUUGUAGCUGUUGAUGCUAAUAGAAAGACUAAUACAGUUUCAGCUGCUUCCUUUGGAGAUUACAAUGAAAGAUAUGAUUAUUUGAAAUAUUCGGAUGCUUCCAGCAGUGUGUCUAGUAGCUUCGUUGACGAGGAUAAGCCACCAGAUGCAACUUCGGAAAAGGAGCUGGGUAAUGAGUAUUUUAAGCAGAGAAAAUUUAAUGAAGCAAUUGAUUGCUACUCUAGAAGCAUUGCUUUACGUCCCACAUCAGUUGCUUUUGCAAAUCGAGCAAUGUCAUAUCUUAAAGUCAAAAGAUAUGAAGACGCUGAGAAUGACUGUACGGAGGCCUUGAAUUUAGAUGACCGUUAUGUCAAAGCAUAUUCACGCCGAGCUACAGCUAGGAGAGAACUUGGAAAACUCAAAUCUUCCCUGCAGGAUGCCGAGUUUGCCAUGAGGCUUGAGCCUAAUAAUCAAGAGCUUAAAAAGCAGCACAUGGAGACAAAAUCUUUGCUUGAGAAGGAAAUUGUCAAAAAAUCUUCUGGAGCAUCAAAGGCAUCUGUUCCAGUAGUUCAGAUAGUGGGCGAACAAGAUAUGGAAACAAAAGACCCUCAUGUUUCGUCUGUCUCAUCUAGCACUCAACAGAAGAUGACAGCUGGGAUUAAAAUUGGCGAUGUGGAAAAUAAUGAAAAGAUAAGCAGUUCUUCAGUUCCUAUCAAGGAAAUAAGUAGCGUACGGUUGGUGAAUGGAUCACGUGGAGGUGCACUGCCUAGUUCCACUGGUGAAAGUACCCCUAUAAAUGGUUCUGUAAACAACAAACAAGAGAUGGAAACAUCAGUGCAUGAACUGGCAUCUCUUGCUGCAUCUCGGGUAAAGGUCUCUGCCGCCAAAAAUAUCACUGCCCCAAAAUCUGCUUACCAGUUUGAGGUUUCUUGGAGAGCACUCUCUGAUAACCCUUCACUGCAAACUCAACUGUUAAAGACAAUACAACCUGAGACACUGACUCAAAUUUUCAAAAGUGCUCUUUCUACUGCCAUGUUGAUUGACAUCAUCAAGUGCACUGCCUCAUUUUUCAAGGAGGACACUGAAUUGGCCGUUAGGAUUUUGAACAAUUUGGUGAAAGUUCCACGAUUUGACAUGAUAGUCUUAAGUCUUUCUGCUAUGGAUCAUUCAGUGAUAAACAAGAUCUGGAAUGAAGUGUUCUCCAGCAAAGAUAUAAAAGCAGAACAUUUGGAGGCAGUGAACAAGCUAAGACCCAUGUACUGCUAUGGAAAAUAUCAAACAUGUUUGCAAGGCUCCAAUUGGUCCUAAGAAAGAAAUCUGAAUCUUUUUAUGUUCUUCUUGUAACGAUUUUUCCUCUAUUUUGUUGACUGAUUUUUGUUCUCUGAAAAUCAUUGUUAUAUUUUUGUUUUCUUGUUUUUGAUCUUGUAACUUGUAAGGGUGGAGAUGGUUGUUUGAAUGGAUUAUUAAGGGUGUGGAUUAAGUCUUUUAAA